AAAUUACCAAGCUUCAAGUUGCAUCAUUUUGCUAGUAUAUAAAAAUUGUCCUUUUUCUUCUCGGCCUUUUUAAACCUAAAUUAACCUGUGAUGGUAAAAAGUAGUUUAUAGUAAUUUCCUAUACAAUAAAGAUUCAAAUCUCUUGAGGUUCAACUUCAUUAACUUUUUUGUGAAAUUACCCAAGGCAUAAAAAGUAGUUUAUAUGAGUUCACUCACACCUAAAAAGAAAACAACUCAUCGAACCAGUGAGAAUUCUCCAUCUAAUGUGACAAGAAAUAUUCUAGGGCAUACUUAAUGACGUGCCGAGCAAUAUAACCAAAGAGUAAUGCUAUUUGGCCAGCCUCAAUGCCACCCUCAGUGCCAUUCUACGAUAUAUCGCGAUAUAUUGCUACCAAUAUAUCGCGAACAAAACAGCAGGCCUUCCUCCUACGAAAUUCAAAUUUUUGAAAUCCCUUUCUCUCUCUAACCCCUAUGUCUCUCUCUCCCGCGCUGCAAACCCACUGCCCUUCUCUCUCUCUCUCUCUCUCGCUGCAAACCCACUGCCUGUCCCUUCUUCCCUUUUCCUUCCCCUUCUGACCGUGCCUUCUUCCCUUUCCGGCUGCAAACCCACUGCCCAUCUCUCUCUCUCUCCCGUGCUGCAAACCCACUGCCUCUCCCUUCCCCUUCCGACCGUGCCUUCUUCCCCUUUCGAUUGUAAACCCAUUGCCUCUCUCUCUCUCUCCCGCGCUGCAAACCCACUGCUUCUCCCUUCCCCUUCCGGCCGUGAAGAAAUUCUGUUUCUCUCGAUUUUUUUUUUUUUUCAACAAGAAGCACUUUUUUGGAGAGAAAAAGCAACUAAAGAAGAAGAUAAAGUGAUUGAGGGCCUCUCGUAUGAAACAAGAUCCGGUUGUUUGGAGAGCUUUGGCCGGGAAAGGAGAGAGCCAGAGGAUGAAAUUUUUGAACUUGCAGAGGAAACAAUGGAAAAGGAAGAAAAGGAGACGACGAAGAGCAACCUAAUAGCUGGGCUGUGGAGGACCGACGAAGAAGACGACGAGGAGACAUGGGUGAUGAGCAAGAAGAAUAAGGAGAAGAAACAUGUGUUUCUUCAAGGCUAUGUAGAGGCGGCUAAUGAGCUUGAUCUGAAGAGGGGGAAGAGCUUGACUGGUGAGGAUCUGGAUGAGUUGAAAGGAUGUUUGGAUUUAGGGUUUGGAUUCAGCUAUGAAGAAAUCCCUGAGCUCUGUAACACCUUGCCGGCUCUUGAGCUUUGCUAUUCAAUGAGCCAGAGGUUUCUUGAUGACCACCAGAAGUCGGCGGACUCCCCGUCGUCGGCCACUGAGACGUGCUCGUCCCCGUGGGGGCCGAUUGCCAACUGGAAGAUCUCCAGUCCUAGACAUUCCACUAUUCUAUAUUAUAUUGUAUUUGUAGCAAAGACAGGAAUGGUGUAUGCAUGCAAGGUUUGAGCAUUGUUGAUUGCUGAUGGGUGAUGGCUGAAGAAUUUUGGCUUUAGGCUCUGCCAUCUUUAUCUUAUUCUGUGCGGUGUAAACAUAUGGCAAAAUUUCAUUACCUUGUAAAAGUCUAAAACUUUUAUCAUGUUUUGAGCAAUAAGAUGUUGAAGAUUGAAUUCAGACAA